UAGCAACAUGACUGAGGUGGAGCCGAUGUUGGAUUUUGCAUCAUCAGCACGGACUGGACGAAGAAAUGCUUUGCCUGAUAUACUAGGGUCACCUUCAGGGGUCAGCCCAGGUGACCUACCUUUAAAAUUAGCAGAAAUGACUCUAAAGGCAGCAGAAGAGUCAGAUAUGCAGUCACCAACAGCUGAAAACCCACAGGAACCUGUAGGAAGUCCGGACUUAAAAGAUGCUUCUUAAUCUGCCUGGACAUGAUGCGUUUCUUUUCUGGCCAAAAGUGGAGGGACUGCCUAGUGUCGAAGCAGCUUUGAUCAUGUGACCUAGAGUUGCUGAGUUUCCUUGAGAUAUGCAGACAACAUCUCAAGUAGCAGAGUGAGGAAAUGAAAAAGGAGCAGAGGAAACAUUUUCAAAAUUUAAUUACAAUUAGUCCGAUUACAGAACUCAGAGAAACAUUCCGGCAGUGACUAGGGUUAAAAAAAAUGAAACACGUUAUCAUCUGAAGACUAACUAGGUUGCUUUAAUUUCUGUGAUUUUACUGUCCUGUUUUACUUUGCAAACGGAAACAUGACAUUCAUUUUUGUAAUGUUCUUCGAACAGAACUCUGUGCUCUGGUUCCUUCUGAGAAGAGUUGAUAAAGGCAAUAGCGGUGAUCUAAUUAUGUGUAGCAUGGUAUGUCAGAAGGUACUGAAUAACUCUGAGGUGAUGUCAGAAACUGCUUUCUGUGAAGAGUCUCCAGCCAACAAGGGACAUAACCAUCUAAGGAGUGACAGGGUGUUUGAGGUAAAAGAGAAGUAACUUUUGCCCAGCACAUAAAGUAGUAGGGCAAACUCAUUAAACAGACAUUCCAGUCAUAGACUACACCCACUAGUGCAGAGCUAGUCAAUAGAUGAUGUGACCAAAGUAUUCUUUUUGAUAUUAUAGGGAUUUUUUAAAUAUAGAAUUUCAUUUUUUCUUGCUAUGAGUGAAUAAGAAAUCACAUUAUCAAAAACCAUAUGUAUGGAUGCAGGUCUGCUGUAGAGUUCUUGACAAGGGCACCCUACUGCUCUAUUACUUGUAUUAGUGUGCGUGUAUAUGUUCAUCUCUACUUUUGAUUUCAAAACCCGGGGCCAACGAAUGAAAAAAAUUGUGUUUAUGCCUCCAUUGUUGAUUUUCCACUAGGUAAUACUGUGAUAGGCUUUAAAGUUACUACUAGAAGCAGCAAGCAGAAGAUAGAAGUUUUUUUUAAUUAUUAUUAUUUCAGAAGUACUCACCUUUACCUUUUCCAUUGUUCAGUAAGAAUAUGCAUCUUUCUCAUAUCAAGAAGUUAUACAAACUGUGAGAGGGUGUUCCCUGGUUCUUUACACCUUUGCUUGCUUUAAUUUGAUAGUUUAUUGUUAAACCAACAUAGAUCUUAACACUAGUCAAUGUAGAACAAUUGCAGUAAAAAUAGAAGAUAAGACACCAAAAACACAAAGAAACAAAAUUAGAAUUAAUCCUCUGGAGACAUCAGUCAGAGUUAACAUCCUUUUAUUGUCUAAUUUCGCAAACAAGAUGGAUAAAUACUUCUCUACCAGUGUUAUACUGCAUGUGUUCUGUUUACUGGGGUGAAAAGAGUUUACCUUGUUAACUUCAUGAAAUCACAGCCAUAAUCACAGGGUAUGGUAAACUAAAUAUUGAUAUGCCAACUGCUUUCUUGAUAAAUGUUGUUACUCAAGUCAAAUUUUGUAGUAUAAUGCUCAAAGUUUGUCACUUAAUAAACAUUAAAAAUGUGAUGCUCAGCUCAA